AUGCCAACUGGGCUGCCCGCCCUGGCUCACGCCAUGGUUAAACCGCGGUCCCGGACGAACUACGACUCGAUACAGUGUAAAUUCUUUGAAGAUCUCACCUGUCAGAGCAUGCCAAAAUUCGAAGCAAAAGAUGACUUAAAUGAAAGUUUUCGUCACCUAGGAAUAUCUCCAGUGGAAGCUUCUAUGUCUGCAACUUGUAUAAUGUCACCUACUGGUAGCUCACUUGUAGCACCACUGCACAACACUCAGGAAUACAGACUUCCAUCUUUGGUGAAGCCCAUGAGCAUCAUUUUUCCAAAUUUAUACGAUGGAGUGAUAUUGGAGAAGAGUCUUCCACCCAAUCUUAAUAUUAUGGAAAAAGUUGAGCCACUCACUGAUGAAUUAAAGGAAGCCCCAUCAAACCAGGUGAUUGAGAAGCAAGCUGCUGUGUUGAUUGGAAUUAGAAAAAGUAAAAGAAAAAAACCCCGGUCUAAACAUGUGUCUUUACAGGCUACGCAGAUGGCAAAAGUUCGUGAAUAUGAAGCCUUUGAUGCAGCAACUUAUGUGGCAGAUGUACUGCGGAAAAUCAAAGAGAAACCUACCCCUAUGUUCUGGAAGGGAAAGAGGCUCCCUCCACCUGUGGUCAAACAACUUAUGGAGGAAGAAGAACUGAAAAAGAAGAGGAGACAGCAGUAAAGCAAUUAUGAUUAUAUUGUGUAUAUAUUUUGAGUACAUAUACAGUACAUGUAUACUGUAAAUUUUUUUAUAAUACAUGUACAAGCUUAUAUAAUGCUUUUUUUUUUUUUUUUUUAAUACUGUUGAAAAAUCGUAGUAUUUCUUUCAUAAUGCCAUGAAACCCGUAUAGUAGUAAAAUGUUUCAUAAUGCUAGAAUAAUUAAAUAACUUGUGAAAUUAGAGUACAGGCGAGCCUUGCUUUACAGCACUUCACUUUACGGCAUUUCUCUAAUACACAGGCUUUCAUUUAUACCUAUUCUCCAUUAAUUCAGACUUCCUACACUAAAUAUAUUCACCACUUGCUAUAAGCUAAGGAUGAAAAUAUUUUAAGGUAAGUAGUGUUUAUGUAUAUGCAUUUUUUAGGCCUACCUCUAUUGCUCACUUAAUAUAUGAUAGUGUAAAUGAGUUUUCAGACUUUUAUAUGCAUUUAAAAAAAAAAAAGGCUAUGAUUCACUUUACAGCAAUUUUUGCUUUAUGGCAGUAACCUGGAACCUAACCUACUGUAUAUGCAGGGCCCUCCUGUAGUAAACUUUGUAGAUUUUUAGUUUGCUCUCUGGGACACAAGUAGCACUUCCACAGACUAAAGUCUCCCAACUAGCAGGAGUAAGUAGGUCACUAGACAACCAGAUUCUUAAAAUCUCUCUCUAUGAAUGCUUAAUUUAUAUACAACUGUAUAAAAUAUUUGAAGAGAAUAUUCAGUAAAUUAAUAUAAAGAAUACUCAAAAGUUCAGUAAAUGGUGAUAACUUUAUUAAGAUUAAUCAAGAAGGUAGGCAUAUGACUGUUAGAAGCACAGGAACAUGUAAUUAUCAUUAUGUAUGAGUCUGGAUUACUGGCUUUUCUUCAGAAUGUGUACCUGGAGUUUACCCGGAGAGGGUUUCGGGGGUCAACACCCCCGCAGCUUGGUCUGAGACCAGGCCUCAUGGUGGAUCAGGGUCUGAUCAACCAGGCUGUUACUACUGGCCGCACGCAAGCUGACGUACGAACCACAGCCCGGUUGGUCAGGUACUGACUUUAGGUGCCUGUCCAGUGCCGCCUUAAAGAUUACCAAUAGACCCCUGGCUAUCCCCCUUAUGUAGGCUGGGAGGCUGUUUUCAUUUAAAAUGUAAAGUUUGACGAGUUGUAUACAGAAUAAAUUCUUACUGCAUUCAAAUUUCUCCAAUGAAUGUUAUUGUUAAAUCCAAAUUAACACCACCACUAUUUUAUACAGUGUUUUCAUAGUUGAAUGAGGAAAAGAGCAAUCAUGUAUACUUUGUGUCCUUGGUGGGUAGGUGGUGCUUUACAAAGCACCAGCAACACAGGAGUCGCACAAUCUCAUCGUCUACCCGUCCUCAUCCCAAUAUGUCAUUCUUUAGGUCACCAUGCAUCACUCGCACCUCUCCACCUAUAUAUACUGUCUUUUAACCUCUGUAUGUUAGAAGUGAUCAAGGUCUCAGGACUGAAACGUUUUCUAAUAAAUAUAUCCUAGUGUUUG